AUGACUUUAUUUCUGGGAGUGAGCCUUUUACUUUUCGCCGUCGUGACAGAAGCAAACCUAUACCCAAUAGUAAACCAACAGACGGUUUGUUCUCCAAAAAAACCUUGUACAGUUAACUGGGUAGAUGAUGGCACCUCCCCAUCGUUAUUGGAAUUAUCAAAUGUUAACGUUAAACUAAUGACGGGUCCGAAUAAUAAUCAGAUUGAAGUUAUGGAUUUAGGUUCAUUUCCUCCAGCAAAGGGUAAGGUCGUUUAUAAGAUCCCGGCCGAAUUGGGACCAGCCGGAAAGUAUUAUUUUUACAAAUUCAUUGCUGGCGCCGUUCAAGUUUGGUCCACUAGGUUUACCAUUAAAGGCAUAAAUGGCAAAAUUGCAGGGUUUGAUCCUGAAACUGUUAAUGCUCAAGGUGAAACGAUAGCACCCAAGGGUAAAGUUAAUAAUAAUGUUGGAACAAUGAAUAAUUCCACCGAAACAAAACCAUCAGAACCAUUAGCUGAAACUAACGCUGCUUUACCUACAAACGACGUAAAUGUUGUGGGAUUAUCCAUGAUUGCCAUGGCAACCGUUUCUUACCUUUGCUAUUAA